UCCCACACAAGGAAGCUUAGGACUCGACUCCAAAAUAUUUUCCAAAGUACAGGGAAACUGUACGACGCUGUCCCUGUUCAGAUGGGAUGGCAACCCUAACGAACGAACGGAGGGCUUUUGCGCACAAGAUCAACAGGACAGUAGCGUCUGAGGUCAGAAAGCAGGUUUCCCGAGAGUAUGGCUCUCCGCAGAUGUCCAAAAAACGCGGUGGAGCUCAUCAGCCGGUGCCUCUGACCGAGGUGGUGGAGCCAAUAGACUUUGAAGAGUAUGUCAGCAGUCAUCCACCAGGAGCUGAGCCAGGGUGCUUGAGACAGCUGCUGGAGUUUCCCAGUGAUGAUCUGGAGCUGGUUCUUCAGGAGAGAGAGUGUGCUACCAUAGAGCCACCUCUACCUGAUGAGGACUGUCUGGAUGCCAGAGUAAGGGAUGCGUUGAGUGUCUACACUGACGACUGGCUCAUCAUUCAGAGAAAGUAUCAGCGAUACAGCACGACUCAGACACCUCACAACUCUGAGCGGCAGCGGGAGAAGCAAAAAGGCCUCGUAAAACAAACCUUUGAACUGGACGAAGCCUCUAUUGACCGUCAGGAUGACCAGGAUGACUCAAAGAGGCAGUCUGUGUCGCUGGAUGACACACCGCGCGGCAGCUGGGCCUCCAGUAUAUUUGACCUAAAAAACUCCACUCCAGACUCGCUGCUGCCCUCUGUGCUGGAGCGCACUGCAGCCGAGGACAUGGACCGCCGCAACGCUGAGAACCGCCUGCAGGGGCGCCACGCUAAUCUGCUGGGGCUUUACCACGCACCGGAUGAGGAUGAAGCCGUGGAGAGAUGUGUCAUCCCGGAGGUGCCCAAAGAGCACAGCGGCCAGAGGAUCAUGGUCAAGUGUUUGUCACUCAAAUUUGAGAUUGAAAUUGAGCCAAUCUUUGGAUCAGUGGCUCUGUAUGAUGUCAAGGAAAAGAAAAAGAUUUCAGAAGAUUUUCAUUUUGAUCUGAACUCGGAUCAGAUGAAAGGUUUGCUCCGCCCACAUAACCCCCAUGUAGCCAUCUCCACCCUGGCUCGAUCCGCUAUCUUCUCCAUCACGUACCCGUCCCCUGACAUCUUCCUUGUCAUUAAGUUGGAGAAAGUUCUUCAGCAGGGGGAUAUCGGCGAAUGUUGCGAGCCGUACAUGGUCAUGAAGGAGUCUGACUCCACUAAGCAUAAGGAGAAGCUGGAGAAGUUAAGGGGGCAGGCCGAGCAGAUGUGCACCAGGCUUGGUCGUUUCCGAAUGCCCUUCGCCUGGACCGCCAUUCAUCUGCUUAACAUCGUAAGCAGCGUCGGCGGGCUUGAGCGUUCAGAUUCAGACUCUGAUACAGAACGUAAAGGGACAUGGAACGAGAGGAAGAAAAAAGGCUUCGAGAGAAUGAGCGUUGGAGACGAUGUGUGCAACUUCACCAGCUUCCGCCCAGCAACUCUCACCGUCACCAAUUUCUUUAAACAGGAGGGGGACAGGCUGAGCGAUGAGGACUUGUAUAAGUUCCUGGCGGAUAUGAGGAGGCCAUCAUCCGUCCUGCGUCGACUCAGGCCCGUGACAGCUCAGUUAAAGAUCGACAUCUCUCCGGCCCCUGAGGCUCCUCACUAUUGUCUGUCUCCGGAGCUGCUCCACGUGAAGCCGUACCCUGACCCGCGCGUACGACCCACUAAAGAAGUGCUGGAGUUUCCUGCUCGUUACGUCUACACACCUCACACCACCUACAGGAACCUGCUGUACGUUUAUCCCCAGUCUGUGAACUUCAACAGCCGGCAGGGUUCUGUGAGGAACAUCGCUGUGAAGGUCCAGUUCAUGGCUGGAGAAGACCCCAGUCAGGCCAUGCCUGUCAUCUUUGGAAAGUCAAGCUGUGCAGAGUUUUACAAAGAGGCAUACACACCAGUCAUCUACCAUAACAAGUCCCCAGAGUUCUACGAGGAGGUAAAGAUGAAGAUUCCUGCCAACCUCACAGAUAACCACCACCUGCUCUUCACCUUCUAUCACAUCAGCUGCCAGCCCAAGCAGAACACCCCGUUGGAGACCCCCGUGGGCUACACGUGGAUUCCUCUCAUGCAGCAUGGCCGUCUCCGCACCGGCACCUUUAGUCUGCCUGUGUCUGUGGAGAAACCUCCACCCAGCUAUUCUGUUCUCACUCCUGAUGUUCAGCUACCAGGAAUGAAAUGGGUGGACAACCACAAAGGAGUUUUUAAUGUGGAGGUGUCCGCGGCCUCUUCAGUUCACACACAGGACCCUCAUCUGGAUAAGUUCUUUACUCUUGUGUAUGUUCUGGAGGAGUACUCAUUCCCUUUUCGACUGAAAGACGUUAUAAUCACAGAGGCAAAUGUGGAGGCGGAGCUAAAGGCCAGUAUGGCUGCUCUGAAGGGGGCGCUGCUGGACACGUGUGUGCGCUUUUUGCAUCAGCUGAUGAGCAAACUCAUACUGUUAAUCGUUCACCCACCUGUCAUAGCAGGACAAAUCGUAAAUCUUGGCCGAGCUGCUUUUGAAGCCAUGGCCCUGCUGGUGAACCAGAUCCAUAAGAACCUGGAGGGGAACCAGGACCACCAAGGCCAUAACAAUCUGCUGUCCUCCUACAUACACUACUGCUUUCACCUCCCCACAACCGAGCCUGUGGCGCCCCCUGCAGGAGCUGCACAAUACGAGCUCCCCAUCCAUUAUGCCACGCUCUCCAGGGCCACGGGAAGACCCAGCACAUUGCUCCUGUCCCGCUCCAAGAGCAUCAGUAACUCCAACCCCGAUCUGGCCUCCACCCCUGCCACCCCCGAUGAAGAGGUGCAGAGAAUUAUCGGCAGCAAGGGAAUAGACCGCUCACAUUCCUGGGUAAAUUCUGCUUAUGCCCCGGGGGGCUCCAGGUCCGUACUUCGUCGGAACCCAAACUCCAGCUGUGAGCUCAAGCAGGCCAGUGAGCGUGGCUGUAACCGCAUGUCUGCCUUCAUCGAGACCUCCUCCAUUAUCUGCCCACCCUCCAGGCAAAUAGCCAAGAAGUUGCUUCACGAAGAACUGGCUCUUCAGUGGGUGGUGAGCACCAGCAGCGUCAGGGAAGCCUCUUUGCAGCAGGCCUGGUUCUUCUUUCAACUUAUGGUCAAGAGCAUGGCCCAUCAUCUCUUCCUGUCCUCACGUCUGGACAUGCCGCGACGACAGCGCUUUCCAGACCGCUUUGUGGAUGACAUCGCCGCCUUAGUGUGUGCCAUUAGCGCAGACAUAGCCAGCAGGUAUCACAAGGAUGUCGAGCUAGUGGAAAGGUUAAACAGCAGUCUGGCCUUUUUCCUCAAUGACCUGCUCUCCCUUGUGGACAGAGGCUUUGUUUUCAACCUCAUCCGCUCUUAUUAUAAACAGAUUAACAAUAAACUGCACACAGCUCAGAACCCAAGCUCUCUUACAGCACUGAGGAUGGACUUCAUACGUAUCGUCUGUAGUCAUGAGCACUACGUCACCCUCAAUCUGCCCUGUGCCACACUCAGUCCUCCCGCCUCCCCUUCACCCUCCACAUCCUCCACCACAUCUCAGAGUUCAGCUUUCUCCAGUCACGUUCAGGAUCAGGGAGUGGUCAGCAUGUUUGAACUGUCUGUGGCCUUUCGCCAGCAGCACUUUCUUUCUGGUCUACUGCUCUCUGAACUUUCUCUCAUCCUCGAACCCGAUGGAGAGGGCUUGUUUUUCCUACACAAGAAAGCCAUCAGCGCGCUGCAUUCACUGCUGUGCAGUCACGACGCGGACCCCCGCUACACCGACCCCCAGGUCCGCUCGCACAUCGCCCAGCUCUACCUGCCACUCCUCCCCAUCGUCAUGGAGACGCUGCCCCAGCUUUACGACUUCACCGACACAUCCGCUCAGCGUGCACGUCACGCCGCUGCGCUCGUCGACGAUAGCGACUCAGACAACGGCACCAUCAGCCAGUCUGUUGCUAUGGCGAUAGCCGGCUCGCCCCUUCCUCAUUCCAAAGCCAACCCAUUCACUUUACCUACAGUGACCGCCCGUCCAUGCAGCGCCCUCUCCGCCGAGUGCAGUCGGACUCUGUUGGUGUGUUUCCUGUGGGUGUGGAGGAACGCAGAUGCAGGCCUGCUGGAGCGCUGGGUGUCAGACCUCUCAGUCCCUCAGAUUAACCGUUUGCUUGAUCUUCUGCACCUAUGUCUGUCCUGUUUUGAAUACAAGGGGAAGAAAGCCCUGGAGCGAAUCAACAGCCUGACCUUUAAGAAAUCUCAAGACAUGAAGGCUCGUCUGGAGGAGGCCAUACUGGGCACCAUCGGAGCCAGACAGGAGAUGGUCCGUCGCUGCAGAGGUACAACCAUCGCUCUUUUUCUGUGUGCGUGUGUUUCUGUGAAUUUAGCAAAUCUGGACUUCAUACCUCCGUGUUUUCCAGAGCGAAGUCCUUAUGGAGGUCAAGAAAACGUCCGGUGGAGAAAAAACGUCACCCACUGGAGACAGAACGCAGACAGAGUGGACAAAACUAAAGCAGAGGUGGAGCAGGAGUCUGUAGUGGAUGGAAACUUGGCGACAGAAGCUGCUCUAAUAGUCUUGGACACGCUGGAGAUUAUAGUGAAAACCGUGGUGAUGUCAGAGCUGAAGGAAAGUGUUCUGGGUGGAGUAUUGAGAGCGCUGCUUCACAGUAUGGCAGGAAACCAGAGCGCCCUCUUCCUGCAGCACUGCUUCAGCACACAGAGAGCUUUGGUCUACAAGUUUCCAGAGAUGUUGUUUGAGGAGGACACAGAGCUGUGUGCAGACCUUUGUCUGCGGUUACUGCGUCACUGCAGCAGCAGCGUGAGCACCGUACGCAGCCACGCCAGCGCUUCCCUCUACCUGCUCAUGAGACAGAACUUUGAGAUUGGCAAUAAUUUCGCCCGCGUGAAGAUGCAGGUGACCAUGUCUCUGUCUUCACUUGUGGGAACCUUCCAGACAUUCAAUGAAGAGCAUCUGCGUCGCUCCUUAAAGACCAUUCUUACCUACGCUGAGGAUGACCUAGAGCUCAGAGAUUCGCCCUUUCCUGAGCAGGUGCAGGAUCUGGUCUUCAACCUCCACAUGAUUCUCACAGACACCGUGAAGAUGAAGGAACACCAGCAGGAUCCAGAGAUGCUCAUAGACCUCAUGUACAGGAUCGCUAAGGGUUAUCAGAACUCUCCAGAUCUGAGACUCACCUGGCUGCAGAACAUGGCAGGGAAGCAUUCAGAAAGAGGGAACCACGCCGAGGCAGCACACUGCCUGGUUCAUAGCGCCGCCCUGGUGGCCGAGUACCUCAACAUGCUCGAAGAUUGCCGCUAUCUUCCCAUCGGCUGUGUGACCUUCCAGAGUAUCUCGUCGAAUGUGUUGGAAGAGUCAGCGGUGUCCGAUGAUAUCCUGUCCCCAGAGGAGGAGGGCAUCUGUUCUGGGAAGUACUUUAGUGAGUCGGGGCUCGUCGGGCUUUUGGAGCAAGCAGCUGCCUCUUUCAACAUGGCCGCCAUGUACGAGGCCAUAAAUGAGGUUUAUAAGAUCCUCUGUCCUAUUCACGAGGCCAACCGAGAUUUUAAGAAGCUCGCCUCCGUCCACGGCAAACUGCAGGAUGCGUUUAACAAAGUAUACAAUCAGAGUUCAGGAUGGGAGAGGAUGUUUGGCACCUACUUUCGCGUGGGCUUCUACGGUUGCCGCUUUGGAGAUCUGGAUGAGCAGGAGUUUGUUUAUAAAGAGCCUUCGAUCACCAAACUGUCAGAGAUCUCGCACAGACUGGAGGAAUUUUACUCUGAACGAUUCGGUGAUGAUGUGGUUGCGAUCAUUAAGGACUCCAACCCUGUUGACAAGAACAAGCUGGACCCCAAUAAGGCAUACCUUCAGAUCACAUACGUGGAGCCCUUCUUUGACACUUACGAGCUGAAGGAGCGCAUCACGUACUUCGACAAGAACUACAACCUGCGCACGUUCAUGUACUGCACGCCGUUCACACUGGACGGCCGUGCCCACGGCGACCUGCACGAGCAGUACAAACGCAAAACCAUCCUCACCACCUCCCACGCCUUCCCCUACAUCAAGACACGCAUCAACGUCAUCCACAAAGAGGAGAUCAUUCUGAUGCCGAUGGAGGUGGCGAUUGAGGACAUGCAGAAGAAAACACAGGAAUUGGCCUUUGCCACCCAUCAGGACCCCUCUGACCCAAAGAUGCUCCAGAUGGUGCUCCAGGGUUGUGUGGGCACCACUGUUAAUCAGGGUCCGCUGGAGGUGGCUCAGGUCUUCCUGUCUGAAAUUCCAGAGGAUCCCAAACUCUUCCGGCAUCACAAUAAAUUGCGUCUCUGCUUUAAAGACUUGACCAAAAGGUGCGAGGAUGCCCUCAGGAAGAACAAGUCUUUGAUCGGUCCAGAUCAGAAGGAAUACCAUCGAGAGCUGGAGCGUAACUAUACCAAACUGAAAGAAGCUCUGUUUCCUCUUAUCAACCGCAAGAUCCCUCAACUCUACAGACCACUUCCUCUACCAACCCCACCAACACAGAGGAAUUCUCUCAGCCGAUCCAGUUUUCGUCGGGUGGAGUGCUGAGGUGUGGCAGAUUGGAACGCGGGUGGAUGUGGAGCCAGACUUGAUCUCUCGCUCCACCAUGUCACCCCUGCACCCACCACACACUAACAAACUGCACAUUCCUCUCAUGCUCUCUCUCUCUCUUCCUGGGCGAGUGAAGAAGCACAAGUGUGUUUAUUCUGAGGAGUCAUCUACUGUAAACAUAGUCAUUAUAAUCUUCAUGGGCAAAGCAGCUUAGCUGGUCAGAGUAGUCAUUAGUAGGGAAGUAAACUCUUACUCGACUUCUUUAGAGAUAAUUUUAGGCUCUAGCCAGCACACGGCAUUCAGAUACUCCUCUACACUUCCUCCUCUUGUUUGUUUGUUUGUGUUGUUGUUGUUUUGUGUGAGUGCAAGAAGGGAAAGCCACACUCCUUCCAGGAAUUUUUCUGUGAAUGUGUUGUAGUAGAAAUCCUCGUAAUUCCUUUUGAUUUAACUUUGUCUUUUGAAGACUGACCAGACCACUGACAGACUCGCUUUGAGAUGAACUACCAAUUUAAUCUAGUUAGCAUCUUUUGCGUAGACCAUUUUAAAACUUAAAAUAAUACUCUGGUUAAGUAAUAAACAUUUUUCAAGACCAGACGUAGCAGAGGAUGAAAGCAUAUAUAGUCAUUAUUAACUAUGGAAGUUUUCAAAGCGCACUAACUAGCAGAUGAGCACACUAACUUAGUUUCUGCACUGACUGCUAUAAAUAUUGGCCAAUGCUGUACAGAAUCACACAUUUAGACAAGGUUUUAGUGUUAAUGUUAUGUUAAAUAGACAGAAAUGUGUUUAUUAUUUACGUUAUGCACAAGUAUUGAAACUGGAAAAAGAAAAACUGAUUUACAUAAGCAUUUUGUGAAUAUAAAGGAUUUGGUUUUUGAAUGUAGCUACUGCCUUGAAUUAGCAAUACUACUUUAGUCUAAUAUACACUGCUGUGUUGAUCUGUCUUGCACUAUUUUAAUGUUUUUGUGACUUCUCCUGUUUGACUGUAUACUUUGCAAAUUGCUGGACGAAAUACUGUAUUUUUAAUAGCCAAAAUGUUUUUUUAUUUAUUCUGAUAUGUUCGUCUCUUUUCUACAUUUACUUUUUGUAUUAAAAGAGAUUUCUUCUAAA